GAGAAGUGAUGUCGAUAAGAGAGCACCCCGACGAGGCCAUUACUCGAGCCAGCGUAGAGCUUUCCAAAGCAAGCCUAUGUAUUCAAAAUUGUUGUACAUCAAUUCUCCAGUUGCUCACCAUUCGAAAAGAAGAGAAAAGAAGUCGAAUGCAAGUAGACCGAGAGAACCGACGCCGGAUGUUUUGGGCUGGAUUACUCAUGCAAGCCCUUGCCGUGUUGCCUGGCGAUACUGAUCUAGACAUGAAGAAUCUUUCCGAUAUCGAGGACGUUGUCUCUAUGUGUGCUAGCCUUGUCGCAAUCGACGCGGAAAGCGGCAUCGUUCGUCUUAUACAUUACACAACACAAGAGUAUUUUUCGUGGAUGCGAGAACGAUGGCUACCUGGCGCGCGAGUGGACAUAGCCACAACCUGUACAACGUAUCGGAUCUGUCUUUUCCAAGCUUUAGAAGUGGCAGCAGCGCGGACGACGCGCGCUUCGAAGCCAGGCAGAACAGAUACUUGUUUCUGGACUAUGCCGCGAAACACUGUGGGAGCCAUGUUGCAGAAGUUGAAGAAAAGAUUACCGACAAAGUAUGUGAUUUCCUGCAGAGCUCAGCCGCUGUACGGUCUGCUGCUCAAGUUCUAUGGAUCCCAAGCUUUCGCAUUCGUGGCCACAGCCAGGAAUACCCACGAGAAACCUCUGCAUUGCAUCUGA